UAUCCGUUUUCAUUUUUUUUAUCUUAUGGAAUCUGUCUUUGUCUUAUCACAUCCCCUGAAGUUUUAUACUUUUUUUUUUCUUUGGUCCGAUUCAUAAUUAUCUGAUUUGUCUUUUCUUGUUCUAUGUUCUAAAUCAAGUAGUAGUAGUAAUGAAAGAAGUAACUAUUCCUAGUGAAUUUAAAGAUACGACUUUUUUUUUUUUUCUUUAUCUUCUGAGGGUUUAUGUGAUCUUGCUUUUACUCCGGAAUCUGUAAUAGAUCUGUCAUCUUCUUGUUGGGUUCUUGAUCUAUCUUUUGGAUUUAUUCAAAAAUGUUCAAAGCUAUGGACUUUGAUUCAAUCUUCUUUUUCUUUAGGAUUUCUCUGAAACCAAGGAUCCAAUUUAUACUCUCUGGAUCACACUUCUGUGAUAUGUAUGUGAUUGGUUGCUUCUGGCUAAAACUAUAUAAAGUUUAGACAUUUACAUGAAAGUUCCUCUCUUUUGCUUUGGACUUCUUUGCUUGCUCUUAUGCAAGUAUACUUAAACACUAUGUGAUACAUAGUUGUGUGAUCUACUCCUAAACCGGUUUCAAUAUUUCUGGUAUUGCUAUCUCUUAGGUAAAGCUAAUAGGGUCUGAUUCGUUUGUUUUUUUCACUGAAGAAUUGGAAGGAAGUGAUUUCUUGUGAAACAGAAAAGAAGUAUGGGUACUCACAUCGAUUUCAACAACUUAGGCGGCGAUUUGUCUGGAGGGAAUGAGUGUAAUACUAACCAGUCAAAGCCAUUGGUGAGGCAGUCUUCGUUAUUUUCCUUAACGUUUGAUGAGCUUCAAAGUACAUUAGGUGAGCCAGGGAAAGAUUUUGGGUCAAUGAAUAUAGAUGAGCUACUCAAGAACAUAUGGACUACUGAGGAUACUCAAGCCAUUAUGACUGCUACAUCUUCGGUUGCAGCAGCGAGACCUAGUGGUUGUGUUCCGGGAGGGAAUGCUUUACAGAGGCAAGGCUCCUUGACUUUGCCUAGAACGCUUAUUCAGAAGACUGUCGAUGAAGUCUGGAAAUACUUGAAUUCGAAAGAAGGUAGCAAUGGGAAUACUGGAACGGAUGCGCCUGAGAGGCAACAGACUUUAGGGGAAAUGACUCUGGAGGAUUUCUUGCUCCGUGCUGGCGUUGUUAAAGAAGAUAAUGCUCAGCAGAACGAAAACAGUAGUACCGGGUUUUAUGCUAACAACGGGGCUGCUGGUUUGGGGUUUGGAUUUGGUCAGCCGAAUCAAAACAGCAUAUCGUUCAACGGCAACAAUAAUUCUAUGAUCAUGAAUAAAGCACCUGGUUUAGGCCUCAAAGUUGGUGGAACCAUGCAGCAGCAGCCACAUCAGCAGCAGUUGCAGCAGCCACAUCAGAGACUGCCUCCAACUAUCUUUCCAAAACAAACGAAUGUAACAUUUGCAGCGCCUGUGAAUAUGGUCAACAGGGGUUUAUUUGAGAGUGGCGCAGAUGGUCCAGUCAACAGUAAUAUGGGAGGAGCAGGGGCCACUGUUACAGCUACUUCUCCUGGGACGAGCAGUGCAGAAAACAAUGCUUGGUCAUCACCAGUUCCUUAUGUGUUUGGUCGGGCAAGAAGAAGCAAUACCGGCCUGGAGAAGGUUGUUGAGAGAAGGCAAAAGAGAAUGAUCAAGAAUCGGGAAUCCGCUGCUAGAUCAAGGGCUCGAAAGCAGGCUUAUACCUUGGAACUGGAAGCCGAGAUUGAAAGUCUCAAGCAAGUGAAUCAAGAUUUGCAGAAAAAACAGGCUGAAAUUAUGAAAACUCAGAAUAGUGAGCUAAAGGAAUCGUCGAAGCAGCCUCCAUUGCUGGCCAAAAGACAAUGCUUGAGAAGAACCCUUACCGGUCCGUGGUAAGAAGGUGAAGUCAAAGCAAGAAGAGCCUGCUAAUGUAAUACAUCACCAAAAAUAAGACAUUGGGAGACUAAUAUGUAAUAGAUGAUAGUGCUACUGUACAGGAGAGAUUACAGAGACUCUUACAAUGUAGAAAUCUUUGAGCUGAAUAUAACUAAGAGUGCUAAGUAUCAGAAGCUUUCAAUAUGAAUUCAUAAUUUUCAUAUAUAUAUGUAAACUUUCCUA